AUGACCCAGCAUCAAUUUUGCCCGCUUUGUGGGUUUCUCUGCGCAAAUCGACCUUAUGCAAGAUGCAAAUUGAAGCACAGAGUUCAUCUCUACUGUCUUUCGGCGGCUCCUUCUCAAGACUGCCCUCACUGUGGCGAGCAAAUCAUCGAAGAACUUCAGCCAAAACCACAUUACGAAAUCCCAGCAGGAAUACACGGCGCAAUCACCUUUCCGGAAGAACACCUUGAGAAAAUCUACCUGGCGCCGGAAGCAUUACUCCCCAUCUCUUCAUUCAUAACCGUAGAUGGCGAAGAAGUCGGCCUGGUAGAGCUGAUUCGCAAGGACAGCGACUACAGAUGGCUCCAGGACGAGGCUGAGAAAGAAAUUCGCCAGGCUCAAGGUCGAAUGCCAACGAGAGUCGGUUCUCCUGGAGGAUUGUUGCUUCAAAUAUCAAAAAUGCUAAUGCGAAAUGAAAAGUUCCAAUUGACAUCGACCGUGCUCUCCAGUUCUUUGAAAUCGAAGCAGCUGAAGAAAGCGAUGCUGGCUCUCUUCGGCCCUGGAAUCGAAUCAACACUCGCUCAAGCUCACGAUGGAAGAAAGCCGAUCGAGUGGGCGAUCUUCCUUGCUGGAAUGCAGGAAAAACAGGAUCUCGAUUUUCCUGAAAUCGGGCCACUCGAUAUUCUUCAAAAACUAUUGAGUUUUGGGGUUCAGGCACAUUUCAAUUCGCAAUCAACGACGAGUCCGUUUGAGGCCAGCUUCGUCUCAUCCGUCCUCCAAAAAUUUCCCGAGUUGAUCAACGCUACUGACGACAGGGGAGAUUCCGUAUUUCAUCUCGCUACGAAACUCAAGCUUACGAUGAUAUUUCAUACAUUGGUGAAUCAGAAAAACUGCUGCUUCUGCGAGAACAGGACGAGGAAAUGCGAGGGGCUUUGUCGGGAAAAUUUGAGAAACGCAGAUGGCAAGACGUAUUUGGAUCUAUGCCGAAAGGACGAAGUAAACGAGACGAACGUGCUUCAGCUUUUGACGUCAGCUGGCGCUCGGAAAAACAAGCUUCCGCCUCACGUAAUCUCUGCCGAUCUCUCUCGAGGACGAGAAAAGACACCCGUCCAAAUUGUGAACGAAUUCGACACUGAUCCAGUUCCGGAGUUCGUCUACUGCACAAAGACUCAUUUCGGCGGCGAUGCGCAGAUUGACAUGAGCGUCGAAAAUAUGAACACCUGCAGCUGUGGAGACGUUUGUGAUUCGGAAAAGUGCGGGUGCAUCGCGCUUUCGGAGCAGGUUUUCUACGAUGAGCAGGGAUUGCUUUCUGCGAAAAUUGAUUUCAACGAGAAGGAGAAAUGCUUGGUCCCAGUGAUUUACGAAUGCUCCGAUUUGUGCGGAUGUGAUCCGCGAAAAUGUCGAAAUCGCGCGACUUCGAAGGGCGUUUCGUUUCUGAUGGAAGUCCACAAGACUCGAGAAAUGGGGUGGGGCGUGCGCGCUCGGGAAGAUAUCCCACGAGGAGCAUAUAUUGCCGACUACUGCGGCGAGAUGGUGACGAGCGCGUCUUGUGAGGAUAGAGAAGAUAGCUAUCUGUUCGACUUGGGCAUCACUAACGGAUCGAAGUUUUCCUACACCAUCGACGCAAAAAGAGUCGGUGGCUUUGCUCGAUUCUUCAAUCACAAGUGCAAUCCAAAUAUGAUAGCUAUCCGUGUCUUUCGGGAGCAUCAAGAUUUCCGCUUCCCGAAUUUCGCCUUUUUUGCAAAGAAAAGCAUCAAACGAGGAGAAGAGCUUGGUUUUGACUACGGCGAUGCAUUUUGGAAAGUGAAGAGCUGCUACUUUACCUGCAAAUGCGGCUGGGAAAAGUGCAAGUGGUCCAAGCUAAGCACUACAGAGGAAGAUUUGAAGGAUGAUUCUUGA